CAAUUCACUUUGGCAAGCCAAGUUAAAAGCACCACUUUAACUUCCUCUCCUUCAUUCCCCACUCAUCAUCCACCCCCAAACUCCCAUCUCUACAACCCAAACUUCUUUGGCUCAGCUUGGCGAUGCCCGCCCUCCACUCCGUAGCGCCAAAGCCCGAGAAUUGUAGUCCUCAGAGUAUGGAUUCAGCGACGACGAACCAGCCUGCAGAUGCUGCACCUGAUGACAAGCCCUGCCUGGCUUACCCUUUGCAGACCAAUACACAAUCCUUCCUUCAAAGAGCCUUGUACCCCAUAGCCUUAAAGUUUGAAGAGGUUGUGUACAAGGUUGGAGGGGAAGACAAGGGAUCAUGCUGCACGGGGAAAUCGAGCACGAGAGAGAAGACGAUUCUGAAUGGAGUGACAGGCAUGGUGUGUCCAGGGGAGAUACUAGCCAUGCUAGGUCCAUCAGGGAGUGGGAAAACCACCCUGCUAACGGCCCUGGGAGGGCGUCUCUAUGGCAAACUAUCGGGGAAGAUCACCUACAACAGCCAGCCGUUUUCUGGCUCCAUCAAGCGCCUAACAGGAUUCGUGGCGCAGGAUGAUGUUCUAUACCCGCAUCUGACAGUGAAAGAAACGCUUCUCUUCACAGCCCUUCUAAGGCUUCCCCAGAGCCUAACCCGGGAGGAGAAAACGCAGCAUGUGGAGAGUGUGAUCACAGAGCUGGGAUUGAGUAGGUGCAGAAACAGCAUGAUUGGAGGGCCACUUUUUAGGGGAAUUUCAGGUGGGGAGAAGAAAAGGGUGAGCAUAGGCCAAGAGAUGCUAAUAAACCCAAGCUUAUUGCUUCUAGAUGAGCCUACUUCCGGGCUCGAUUCCACCACAGCUCUCAGGAUCAUCACCACCAUCAAGCGGCUCGCCAUGGGAGGCAGAACCGUGGUCACCACGAUCCACCAGCCGUCUAGCCGCCUCUACCAUAUGUUCGAUAAGGUCGUCUUGCUUUCAGAAGGCUGCCCUAUCUAUUAUGGCUCUGCACCAAAUGCCCUCGAAUAUUUCUCUUCUAUCGGUUUCUCUACGCCUCUCACUGUCAAUCCAGCUGAUUUAAUGCUUGAUCUUGCUAAUGGGAUAAAACCGGACUCCAGCAAUGUAAUAGAGCAAGGGAACAGCACAGAACAGGAGCGCCAAUCUGUUAGAGAAACUCUCUUAUCUGCUUAUGACAAGAACAUUUCGACAACGUUGAAAACCGAGCUAUGCAAUCUGGAUUCCCACAGCUACAACUAUGCAGUGGAUGCUUCUAGAAGAUCUCAAGCAAAAGGAGAUCAGUGGUGCACAAGCUGGUGGCAUCAAUUCAAGGUCCUCCUUAUGAGGGGGCUGAAAGAGAGGAGAUAUGAUGCCUUCAACAGGCUAAGGAUCUUCCAAGUCAUAAGCGUCGCUUUUCUUGCCGGGCUUUUAUGGUGGCGCACUCCAACUUCCCACAUUGCAGACCGAGUCGCAAUGCUAUUCUUUUUCGCUGUGUUUUGGGGCUUCUACCCACUCUACAAUGCAGUUUUCACAUUUCCUCAGGAAAGAAGAAUGCUAAUCAAAGAAAGAUCCUCAGGAAUGUACCGCCUCUCGUCCUACUUUCUGGCGAAAACAGUGGGAGAUUUGCCACUAGAAUUGGCAUUACCAACAGCAUUCACCUUCAUCCUAUACUGGAUGGGAGGGCUCAAAGCCGAGCCUCUCACCUUCACCCUAUCCCUUCUAAUAGUCCUCUUCAGCGUCCUCGUUUCCCAGAGCCUUGGACUGGCGUUUGGCGCAAUUCUCAUGGAUGUAAAACAAGCCACGACGCUAGCAUCAGUCACAACGCUAGUCUUCCUGAUAGCGGGGGGAUACUAUGUUCAGCAAAUCCCCCCAUUCAUUCUUUGGCUCAAAUACUUGAGCUACAGCUUCUACUGCUUCAAGCUCCUCCUCGGGGUUCAGUACAACGAUAACGACUACUACGAGUGCUCGAAAGGACACUACUGCCGCGUUGCAGAGUUCGCCGCUGUCAAAGCUGUAGGCUUCAACCAUUUGUGGGUGGAUGUGUCCAUUAUGGCAAUGAUGCUCGUGGGCUACCGGUUUAUCGCCUACCUAGCACUCCACCGUGUUCGAUGAAGCCCAUCAGCAUCAGCAGAAAAGACGAUAAUAACAACACUCUCAACAAAGAAGCCAGUUAGAAGACGAGUUUUACAUCCCUUCAAACUGAUCAGUAAUAAUGUAGAACUUAGGUUAUAAAUUAUAAUCCCCCCCAUUGCCAGAUUUUGAUCAUAUACCCCACCCCCCCCAAAAAAAAAAAUUAGGAUUCCACAAUCACUCUGGCAAUGACUUUACAUCAGACUGACCCAAAAGCUCAACUGUUCUGUGAAAUAAACCAGUUGUUAUAAACAGAACAAAGAUGCAUAAUGCUGUGAUAAAGUAAAAGAUGGGAAUCCACUAACCUUGAAGCCUCAAGUCAUGAAGUGCUCAGCAUAUCUGCACUCAGAAUCCUUGUGGGGUCUCUGAAAUCACACAAAAACUGCUUUAAAGUAAUAAGUUUUCACAUUUCCAUUGACUGCAUAAAGAGAGAGCAUUUCCCACAAAUGACUCAUUAGUUUAGUUCUGUCUAGAUGAUGUCUCCCUACUUUUAUGAAUAAUCUUCUCCCUAAUUCCAUGUUUUUUUCUCUA